UUCCCUAGAGGUGGGGCGAAGAGAAGAGGAGUCCAAAGGGGCGUAGGCACAAUGAAGCCGUUUCCCGGAGGCGGGUCAGGAAGAGAGCAGGGGAAAGAGUGUAAAGAGAUGUGGGCAGAAGGAAGAGUUCUUCUGAGAUCGAAACAAAAGGAGUUCUUCGCCAUUGAAGAGCAAGACUGUCCCAAGAAACACAAAGUUGGGGGCGAGGGAGAUGAUUGUUCAGUUUUUACUCUUUAUCUCGUGCUCAUUUGGGGCGGAUCAUAUUCCCUUUCCCCAAAAUAAUUUACUACAACUACCCUCCGCCUCUGUUCUCCCCUUGCAGGCUCCGUCUCCCACCUUAGGAACAAAACAAUUCUUCCCCAUCUCCCUCAUUGCGGUGGCUAGAAAUGUAAUGUAAUGAGUAACUCCUGGAACUACAAUUCCCAUAGAACGCCCGGUAUCCAACAGACCAAUCAAAGGGUAUGAAGGAAGCCCGCUGGGAUCGGUAUUUCCCAGAAUGCCCACCGGAAAAAAAAUCAGACUAGCCAAUAAAAAGGGUCCUGGGAUGAAGUCGAAAAGGGGCGUGUCUCUUCCGGCAUGCCCGGAACCACGCCCUGGAAAAGACAUAGCUCUGGUUUGAAAUGUUUCCUUCUAGUCAAUUCCAGACCUGUUGAUGAUGAACUGUUUCCUAAUGGUUUUGAAAGAACCCUCCUUAAAAUUUGAUCUUUCGAUGUAUUUUCUAGGUACGAUGAUAGAUUUUCGUUAAUCUCUUCCCUUUAUGUCUCUUAAAGAAAAUGGCGGCAUCUUUUACAAAAAGGGAACAAAAAAUAAACCACGAAUUCUGCAUUCUACUGUAUGGAAAGUCAUCAACCUGUGAAAUAGUUAUGUUGUCAAUGAUAGCAACGUGGAGACCUACCGCAACCCUGCACUACCCGCCUUAGCGUGGCUAGUCACGAGAUGCUCCCCCCAUCUUCUCUGAUUGGUCCUACGUAAACCCCUCCCUCUCGCAUACGCCCCGCGAACAAAAUCUGCUUCUCCCAUUGGCCAUUGAAGCUGACAAUGAAACGCAUGACUUAGGGAAGUUAACAUAUUCGCCGCUGGCACCUUCGGGAAAUGUAGUUCUAGAAGUUCAUACGGCACAUGCGCCGUUCGAAUUUGAGGCGCUUCUGAGUAUCUUGGUUGAAUUUCCGGCCAGGGAGCUGAGUGGGAGUCCGGAGAACCGACAGGCUUCCCGGGCCCGGCCCGAGUGGAGUUCCUGGAGAGAAGCAAGGCUUUUUUUGAACAUUCCUGUCCAGAAACUGAUCUGAAGAGGACAGGAAAUUUUGAGCAGGGGCUGAAAUUAUUCCCCAAGCUGAAUGAUGACUUCAGCUGUGGGCUGCCUGGCUUCAGCUCCUCAGGAGCAGGAGGGACUCCUGAUAGUCAAGCUGGAGGAAGACUGUGCUUGGGGUCAGGAAAUCUCCAUACAGGAUCCUGGAAUAAGCCCUGAGACCUGCCACCAGUGCUUUAGACAUUUCCGAUACCAACAGGCAGCUGGACCUCGACAGGCCUUCAUUCAGCUCCAGGAGUUUUGCCAACGAUGGCUGAGGCCCGAGAUACACUCCAAGGAGCAGAUCCUAGAGCUGCUGGUGCUGGAGCAGUUUUUGACCAUCCUCCCUGAGGACAUCCAGAGAAGAGUACGGGAGCAACAUCCAGAGAGUGGGGAGGAGGCAGUGGCUCUUGUGGAAGAAUUGCAGAGAGAGAACACAAGAUGCAGGCAGCAGGUCACAAUCCAUGGGCGGGGACAGGCAGUGCCUUUGGAGGAGACCUCACCUCUGGAAGCAGCACAGGAACCACCGAACUUCAAGCUGGAGCCAUCGGAGACUGAGCAGAGCCCUUGCCUUGGACUACAGGACCUGCUGGGCCCUAGCCCUAAAGGGGGGCCCCAGCCCCUAAAGGAGAGGGCAUCAUCUACUUCCUGGGUUUCUCUUCUUCCUUCUAAGGCAGAAGACGCCGAAGACAAAGAGACUACAGGAUCCCAGUUACCUAUGACCUUUGAAGAUGUGGCUGUGUAUCUCUCCCAGGAGGAAUGGGGACAUCAGGAACUCAAUAAGAAGGCCCUUUCCAGGGAAGCCAUACAGGAGAAUUAUGAGAAUGUGGUUGCAUUAGAAUCUCAGAUUCCCAGUCAGGAUCCAGCCACCCAUGUAGAACAAGAAGAAAAGUCAUGGGAUCCCAGUCUUCAGAGUGUUAAGGAGCAAGGGAACUCCAGAGUCCCUUAUAUAGAAGAGAAGAAAGAAGAUAAGGAAGAGAAUUCUCCCUCUGAACACUUUGACGAACUGCCUCAAGAAAUGCCCCCAGGACAUUCAGAAAUAGAGGUUCCCUGGAGUCCUGAGCAGGGAAAAUUAGAAGGACAAUGGAAUCCUUCUCUAGAGGAGAGACUGGAAAAACCUACAGCUUGGGCUUUGGGUUGCAAUGAAUUGAUAAGACCAAAGAAACCUCAGCUAGGAGAGAAACUAUAUAAAUGUCUUGUGUGUGAAAAAAAUUUCUCUAAUAACUCAAAUCUUAUUAGGCACCAGAGAACCCAUACAACAGAGAGACUCUGUAUGGGUUUAGAGUGUGGGGAAAUCUUCAGUGGGAACCCCCAUUUCAUUCCACCUCAGAGAGUACAUCUGGGAGAAGAAGCCCACAAGUGCCUUGAGUGUGGAAAAAGCUUCAGUCAGAACACACAUCUGACUAGACAUCAGCGUACUCAUACAGGUGAGAAGCCCUAUCAGUGUAAUGUGUGUGGGAAAAGCUUCUCUUGCAACUCAAACCUUCACAGGCAUCAGAGAACCCAUACUGGUGAAAAACCCUACAAGUGUCCUGAAUGUGGAGAAAUUUUUUCUCAUAGUUCUAAUCUCAUUAGACAUCAGAGAAUUCACACAGGAGAGAGACCCUAUAAAUGCUCUGAAUGUGGAAAAGGUUUCUCUCGAAGUUCACAUCUUGUCAUACAUGAGAGAACCCAUGAAAGGGAGAAAUUUUACCCUUUCUCUGAAUGUGGGGGAACAGUAAGUAGCAGUACAACAAUUACCACAAACCAUGUAACUCAGAGAGGAGAGAAGAAGCUCUUUAAAUGUUUGACAUGUGGGAAAAGCUUCAGGCAGGGUAUGCAUCUUACCAGACACCAGAGAAUACACACAGGAGAAAAACCUUAUAAAUGUCCUCUGUGUGGGGAAAACUUCUCUCACAGCUCCAAUCUCAUUAGGCACCAAAGAAUCCACACAGGAGAGAAGCCCUAUACCUGUCAUGAAUGUGGGGACAGUUUUUCUCACAGCUCCAAUCGAAUUCGGCAUCUGAGAACACACACUGGAGAGAGGCCCUAUAAAUGUUCUCAGUGCGGAGAAAGUUUUUCUCGAAGUUCUCGUCUUAUGAGUCACCAAAGAACUCACACUGGCUAGAAAUUUGCAAUUUUGGUUUGCAGUUUUGACACAGUCAAAUUAACAGAGGAGCUUUUAUUUGUAAUUGGCCUUCUCUAUCUCAAAGACAGAUUUCUACUUUGAAGAAAUUGCUUCAGAGAAUUAUAUUUUGCGGGUAAGGAGAAUUUUGUGCAGACAAGCUGAGUUAGCCUCAAGCUGUGAAAAGACAUUCUUCCAUCUUCUCCAGCACCUGGGGGGCACCAGGGAGAACAGCAGGUGCACUCUGUGGUGACCCCCUCAGAGAAGAAUUCUAUAUAGGGUAAGUCCUCCCUGUUCUAAGGCAAACACUCCUCAGAAUGUAUCUCCAGAUUUUGAUGUGGCUCCCUUGCUGUGCCUUUUAUCUCUAGUCAAAUUGGAUAAAGUGGGAGUUUAUAUUCUAUGACAUCCUUCUCCAGAGGGACACAGAUGGCGUUUUUGGGCUGCUUGAGGUUCUGGAGACAAACUUAGAAGCUUUCCUGGAAGACUACUGGCUGUAAUGUUAGUUAAAAACAUGAAUAAUUCAAGACUGAUAGCAUCAUUCCUUCUAAUAAAGAGUGACCACUGAAAGGGGAAAUUGGUGGUUUGCUUCAUAAGGAAAGAGGAAAGUUUCAGGUCAGUGAGAGAAACAGUAGAGGAUGCAGCAGAAGUCUGGAUCAGCCUAUAUUCUGCAGGGAUUUUUUAGGCAAUUUUUUUUUUUCUAUUACAACAUAGUUGAUAAAGAGCCAUGCAGGAGUUCCUGAAUCAGGUAAGCUAAUGGACGAAUAUUCAGGAAAAGUGUGGGUUCACCAAGACAAAAGUUUUGAAUAGCUUGGAUAUACUGAGGGACUGGAGGAUGGGAAUCAGAUGACUGGACUGCCUCUUCCCCACUCCUCCAAAGUUGUUCAGACUGUCAUACCAUUAAAGGUACUUUAGAAUGAUCAACAUGUCUUAAAAUACCAUAAACAUACAUGUUUUACCAGUAAUGCCUCUUGCCAACUCCAGUAUUGAUUUGUUUGCUUUGCUUUGGGCUGAUGACUCGCUCUUUGUGUUGUCUUUUUGGACUGACCUGGAAAUUUCUGAUAAAAAUCCUAGUAAUUGGAUUUAUUCUGUGUCCUUCACUAGCAUAUGUUAAAGCUAGAACAAUUAUGAUGGGCUAUGUCUAAGCCCAAUAUCUGUCUAGCUUACACUGGACUUAUAACAAAGCCUUUAAAAGGAAUGUUUUUACCUUCUAUGAACUUGGUGUAAUAAAGUCAAAUUUCUUUCA